CGAUCUGGCAUCCCUGGCAUCAGCUGUCCAGCAAGUGGACAGUCCCGAAAUCGGGAAAACGAAAACAAUCUCGUUUUUAUAUAAGUUUAGUUUAAACAUUAACAUUUAAUAACAAAUGCCUCGCAAUAUAAAUGCUGAGAGGGAUAAUCCCUGCUUAAAGGAACAGGAGCUUUCAUUCAAAUGCCUCAACAAAAACAACUUUGAUCGCGACAAGUGCGAAAUAUAUUUUGCCAAUUAUAACAAUUGCAAGGAGUUCUGGAACAAAGUAAAAAGCGAAAGAAGAGCGAAGGGAAUAGCUCCAUAUUUGCCGCCAUUGGAAGAACGCGAUGCGAUUAAAGCUGAAUAUAUGAAAGGGAAGCCCCAGCAAAGCUGAUAUAUCUUCAUAUUGAAUACUUUUUGCAUAUAAACAAGCUACACAUCAGGGAGGAAAGCUUUAACAAGCAUUAGACGUCCUGUUGGAAUCUUUAAAUCCUAUAUUUAAAAAGUCCCUUUUAAAUGAAGAUCUAGA